AUGGAUACCAACUACUUCGUCUGCACCCUCGGUGAAGCGGCCACGCUUAACGACGGAUCAAAGCCAUACCGGACAAUCAGCGAAUUCCUGUCCCAUCAAUCCAAAGCUUGCGGAUCUAAUCCAGCGGUUGCAUUUCCUAUACCGCGCCGGAAGGGCGAAUGGGAUCCCCAGGUCAUCUCCUUCCAUGAUGUCGACCUAGGAACGCAAAUUUUCGCGGAGAGGUUAUCAAGUUUCUUCGGUGUUGCACCUGGCAGUUCGCAGUCGGUCGCCCUCCUCUGUCAUAGCUCACCGGAGUUUUUGUUCACAUGGCUUGCGUUAAUACGACUGGGCUACUCGGUUCUGCUUCUCGCACCGCAAUGUGAACCGGCCGCGAUUCUCUAUCUGUGCAGGUCAUGCAACGUUUCCUUACUUCUUUACGAUACAUCCCACUCGAACUGCGCGAGACAAGUUGAGAAACUUCGAGGAGAGCGCCAUGCUACAGACUUUAUGAGCCGCCUCAUUCCCCUAUAUGACGGCGAGGAUGUUUUUCAGCUUAUUCAGAAACCGCCCGUUUCAAAUCUAGAAUAUCCUGAAGCCGAUGACACAGCGGCGAAGAAAACCCGGGACGAUGGGUCAUUUGCAACAGCCGAUCUAUUCGCGAAACAUGCGAAUAUCAAGAAUGCUUGGUUGUAUCAUUCAAGGGCCGACUCCCAACUAACGCUAAUCACGGGCAAGAAGUUCGACCCCGCUCCGCUUGAAACUACAAUUGCGGCCUCAGGUCAUCUUGACGAUGUAUUGAUCUUUGGCAACGGUCGCCCAUAUCCGGAAGCAAUCUCACCAGCAAUCGAGAAGGUGAACAGAGGAAGCCAAGAUCAUGCUCGAAUAUCGUGGGAUAUGCUCAUUACUGUACCCCAUCAGACCGAAGCGCUAGAAAAGAGCAGCAAAGGUACCAUCAUCAGGCGAGCCGUAGAAACUAGGUUCGAAGCUUACAUCGACUCGGUGUAUGGUUCAAGAGAGGAAGAACAGGAAGAGAGCGUCCAAGACGAAAUGUUACCGCAACAUCUCAUCGGCCUUGUUCAGUCAAUAGCGCCGAAUCCUGUCCCGCUGAAAGAAGAUGCCGAUAUAUUCUCAUAUGGCGUCGAUUCUAUUGCCUGCAUGCGGCUGCGCGACUGCCUUCGACGGCUCACUCCGAAGUACAACCAAGAACUUCCGCUGAGUGUCGUAGAAGAUUGCGGCACUGUCAGAGGCUUAAGUGAAUACAUCAUACGGAAGCGUCGUGGGAAUCCUGACAUCCACGCUGAAGAUGAAGAGCGGCUGAUGUUAGACUUGGUGAAGCAGUUCAGCUUGUUCGGUGAGCAGGAGUCAGGACCGCAGAACCCGACAGACGGGCAUCACACCAAAGGCGAACCAGCUGAAGUCGUGGUAUUCCCCGGUGCCACAGGUGCGCUAGGAGCGCAUAUCCUAGAGUUGCUCCGGAAAUCGAACACGGUCGCUGCUGUCUAUUGCCUCGUCCGAGGAGCAGAUGAGGGCGCGGCCAAAGGGCGAGUCAGUAAAGCCCUAGAACAGAGAGGGCUUGACGGCCUUGGUCGAGGCAGCAGGAUGAACUAUAAGAUCCACGAGUCCAAGCACAACUCGGCGAACCUGGACUAG